UGAAGGCGGCAGCGUGUUGUGCCUUGCCUCUAGCAGUAGCUAGAUGGCGUCCGUGCCCAGCCUUCUCCGCGUCACUGAGACAGCUGAGUCACACGUACAUUUAGCUAGAGUAGAGCAAGAUAAAUAGAUAGCUAGUGUGCGCAAAAGAGUCUACAGUCGAGAAAUUCUAGUAAGUAAACUGAUUUGGACCCCAACUGCCUCUGACACCACGUCGAAAGAUGCUGACGAUAACACUGAAGACCCUCCAACAACAGACGUUCAAAAUAGAAAUAGACCCAGAAUUGACGGUCAAAGCCCUGAAGGAGAAAAUAGAGAAGGACAGAGGAAAAGAUGCAUUUCCUGCUACAGGACAAAAACUCAUCUAUGCAGGCAAAAUCUUGAAUGAUGACACCCCGCUGAACGAGUACAAAAUCGAUGAGAAAAACUUUGUGGUUGUCAUGGUUACCAAGCCUAAACCAACCCCACCUCCACAAACAGCACCUCAGCCAACAGCCCAACCAGCUGUGGCUCCAGCACCAGCACCACCCUCUGCUUCAGGCCCAGCACCCGCCUCUGGCACAACACAAGAGCCAUCCACACCGACGCAUCCAGCGUCUGCACCCACAUCUACCCCACAGUCGGUGCCUUGCUCCCCGCCUCCAGUGCCAGAAAACACCGCCCUGGCUUCUGUUGAAGCAACAGCAGCUCUGGACUCAAACACAGCCGCCCCAGGCUCAGCUCCAGCCUCUGCUUCAGCUGCUACUCCAGCCUCGGCCCCAGCUCCAGCUCCCAAAGUUGUCCAGACACCUCCAACCUCGGCCCCCGCAGACCGCCCCACUGCCACACCAGAACCUCCCCAGCCAGAAGAAAAGCUGAGGGAAGACCCGGAGAAUGAGCCAUCCGCCACUGAAGAAGUCCACUCCAUUGCUUCCAGCCUCGUUGAUGAACUGGGUCUCCUUGAAGAAGCAGCGUCAAUACUGGUGACAGGCCCAGCCUAUGAGAACCUGGUGUCAGAGAUCAUGUGCAUGGGUUAUGAGCGAGAGCAGGUAGUUGCCGCGCUCCGAGCCAGUUACAACAACCCGGACCGAGCUGUGGAGUAUCUACUCAUGGGUAUUCCAGCAGAGGCCAGUGAUCUGCCCCCUCCGGAGCCAGUUAGACAAAGUGCUCCAGCCAACCCCCCCACCCCUGCUACACAAGAACCACUGCAGCCCCCAGCAGCGUUAAACCCAGGGCCGGUGUCUGGCAGCCAGCCUUCCCCUGCUGGCGGAGGCUCCGCCCCCACAGAGAACCCUCUGGAGUUCCUGAGGAACCAGCCUCAGUUCCAGCAGAUGAGACAGAUCAUCCAGCAGAACCCGGCCCUCCUACCGGCCCUUCUGCAGCAGCUAGGCAGAGACAACCCGCAGCUGCUGCAGGUACCACACCAGCACACUCACCGUGCUGCACAAAUCACGCAGCACCAGGAGCGGUUUGUGCAGAUGCUGAAUGAGCCACGAAGCGGAGACACGGAGGGGGACGGGGCCGAGGCUCAGGGGCCACCACAAACCAACUACAUCCGGGUCACCCCGCAGGAAAAGGAGGCCAUUGAGAGGUUAAAAGCGCUGGGCUUUCCAGAAGGCUUAGUCAUCCAGGCUUACUUCGCCUGCGAGAAGAAUGAGAAUCUAGCUGCUAACUUCCUGCUACAGCAAACAUGGGACGACGAGUAACCACAACCUCACCUGACACAUCACCGUUCAACAGAGGGCCGCAGGGUAGAAGACCGCCCUACACCAGGUUCCACCAGGGACUAACAGGAGAGGUGGAGGACUGUUCUUUUUAUGCCAUGUGACUGUGGUCUAAUUACGAUGGUGAUGGUGAUGGCGAAGACGUGCUGUUGAAAGUUAGCUGUGCUGCCUACCCUCCAUUCAGCCGUGACGAUCAUCAUAGCAGCUCAAAACGGAGCCGCGCCUCACUGCUGAUAUCAUAAAUGCUGCCGCUUGUGCCGAGUGACCACACUGAGAGAAGUCCGGCUAGGAAACAUAAGGUUUCCUCUGCAGUCAGCACACAGACUGCCUGCAGAAGAUGUGUUAAAUUUUGACUACUGUACAUAUAAAGUGUAUACUA